UUUCCUUCCGUAAUUUUUGUGACUUCAAAGGUUCUUUAGCUGGAUGGGAACUAGCUGCGAUCACUCUAAAGUGCAACGUGGCGGGAAGUUAUAGGUCAGUGUUACUGUGUACAUGUUACUCAGUGUCACAUCACUAAAUUAUCAGAACCAGUUAUUGGAGUAUUGGGGCUGAUUCACGUGUGACUAACAAGAAGACGACUGAGAAGAACCAAACCUCCGAGAUCUACAUGGUGACUGGGAAGGAACAAAUGGAGUUUGAUGAAGUUGCAGUUUAUUUCUCGGAGGAGGAGUGGGGCUGUUUAACUGAAGAACAAAAAGAGCUUUAUAAGGAUGUGAUGAUGGAGAAUUAUCAGACCCUCAGGUCUCUAGGAUAUGUGCCUGAGAAACCUGUACUUGUUACAAAGAUUGAGCAUAGAGAGAAGCCGUUCGUGUGCAGUUUACCAACUACCAAAGGGAUCUGCCCUCCUCCUGUCUGUUCUGCAACAGAGAACUCAUCAGGAUUUAAAUGCUCAUCUAUAUCAGAAACCCCGGCAGCCAAGGCCCCCUCAAGAAAGCACAAAAGGUGUCCAGUAUUCAACUCUCCAGCGGCUGUAGAAAUAAAAAACACUAUAUCUAACCUUAGAAAAUUCUCAAAAUUGGACUUUCAAUCAAAACAGGAAGUGAUAAAUAAUGGAAGACCAAUGCCUGAGCUUAAGAACCUAUUUCAAACGGAGGCACAAAAGAAUAGUACACGGCAGUUUCACAUAGAGUGGUACCAGCGAAAAAACUGGCUUUGUGGCUGUGCUAUGAAGAAUCGUCUUUACUGCUUUCCCUGCCUAUUGUUCUCUGCCACUGACAACAUUUGGACUAAAGCAGGAUUUUGUGACUUAAAAAAUCUAUCAAGGGGCCUCAACAAACAUGAGAUAUCAGCAACUCACAUUCACUGCCAAAUCACUUUAAAAACCUUUAGAACUUUGACGAUAGAUCUGGCUAUGAAUGAACAGAGGAGAUUAAAUAUCAGCAUCCACAAUGCUAAAGUAAAAGAAAACCGUGAUGUUUUAAAAGACCUUAUCAAUGCAACCUGCUUCCUAGCCGAACAGGAAUUAGCAUUUAGUAGUAACGAGGAGGGUGCAAGCUCUUCUUAUCAUGACAACUAUAUGGCACUUUUAUAUGUUUUGGCUGAGAAAGAUGAAAAGUUAGCUACACAUUUGACAUCCACUGUGUUUUCUGGCUCAUCAAACAGAAUAAAGAAUGAUUUAAUUGAAGCAGUCGCUGAUGUAAUUAGAAAUGAUAUCAAAAAGGAGAUUAAUGCAGCCCCAUUUGUUGCAGUUGAAGUAGACGAGACAACGGAUGUCACAGACAAAGCCCAGAUCUCUGUAAUUUUACGUUAUGUGGCUAAAAGUGAGCUAAAGGAGGCGUUCUUAGAAUUCAAUGAAGUGAGUGACAGACGAGCACCAGCUAUUGCUAAUUAUGUUUUGGGAGUGUUGAGUAAAUACAAUUGUGUUGAAAAGCUGGUAGCUCAGACUUACGUCGGAGCCUCUGCGAUGGGAUCAGAUCUUAAUGUGGUGCAGGCCAAGAUUAAAGAAAAGGUACCUGAAGCUACGUUUAUCCUUUGUUAUGCACAUACAUUGAACCUGGUGCUCUCACAUUCGGCAAAAUGUAUGCCUGAGUGUAAAAAAUUUUUUGAAACAAUUGAGGGACUUGCAAUGUUUUUCAGUAAGUCGACCAAGCUCACCCAGCUACUGGAUAAUAUUGUGAAGCGACGUUUACCAAAAGCAGCGCCCUUGAGAUGGAGCUCAAAUUCUAGACUAGUGCAGAUGAUCAGCAUGUACCAAUCUGAUCUACGUGCUAUGUUCCGGAUUAUGAGUAAAACUCCAGAUGGUUGGGAGACUAACAUACUGAUUAUGGCUGCCGGAUAUGAUCUCUGGCUAUCCAAAGCAUCAACCUGCUUCUUCAUAAUGGCAUAUGAUGGCAUUUUCACUGAAACAGACACACUCUGUAGUGUGCUGCAGAGUAAAGUACUGGAUGUUGGAUUCUGCUGUGGCAAAAUUCGGGACACAUUGAGAUUUGUGGAACGCCAGAGACAAGAGUUUGACAGUUUCUAUGAGCGAUUUGAGCAGAAAAGCGCUACACUUGGCCUGACAUACAAGGAAAGAAGUAAACAGCCUAUCAGAGAUGAGAGCAAAAAAAUGUAUUAUAAGAUUCUGGACAAUGUCGGUGUUCAAAUAAAAGCUCUGUUUAAUCAUUUUGGUGACCUAGGAUUCUUUAGUUUGGUAGAUUGCACAAAACUUUAUGAAAUAUCACAACAUUUGGAUGACACCCGACUGAAGAGCCUAUCAAAAUAUUCAAGGUACUUUGAUUUGGUUAGACUAAAGGCUGAUCUUAUUGGAUUGUAUAGUUCAGAAAUGGUAAGGAACAAAUGCAAAUCACCCGGACAGCUCCUCAGCUUUUUGGCCCGCAGUGAUCUGAUGCAGACGGUUCCCGAGGCAACAAAGUUACUCCAGCUGGUGCUAACUAUACCAGUUACAUCAGCGUCUGUUAAAAGGUCCUCUGCUUUAAAACGAAUCAAAACACACAUUCAGAAUCAGACUGAUAAAGGGCGACUUUCAUCUCUGGCAAUCAUCUCUAAAGAGACAGAUAGACUUUUAAAACUAAAAAAAAAUAAAGAGGACUUCUACAACAAAGUCAUUGACAUCUUUGUCCAGAAGAAUAGGCAAAUGGACUUCAUUUACAAGUAAAGGUAAACCCCAGGGCAGAACUUGCUGUGAUCUGAGAGGUUAUAGCAGAAAAUGCAACAUGUCUGCAGAAAGAAUGGGACACAUGCAGGAACUGUUGGUGCUUUCUAUUUGUAGGACUGCUGCUCAUCAGCUUGUUCUCUUCACACAGCGCUGUGGUCUGGCUGCACUGGGUAAGUUUUACUUAACACAGUGCAGCAAGAGGGAAGAGCUGUUAUAAGAAAACAGUCAAAUACAACAGCAGUUUCUAUGAGUGAUUUGAGCAGAAAUGCGUUACACUUGGCCUGACAUACAAGGAAAGAAGUAAACAGCCAAUCAGAGAUGAUUGAUGACUGUCAUUAAGGGAUUUUUUUUCAACCCUAUCCUUUAGCCUUUCCUAGUUUGCAAAGUUGUGACUCCUGUAAGAAGAUCUUGUGUUGUGAGCAAUGCUUCUUUGUUAUUACUACAUGUUUACCUUAUUAUCUGAUGAUAGACCACGAGCAAAGGAAACAUAUUUAUUAAAGAUAAGUUUUAAAAACAAAA